AUGCAGACCUUUGUAAAUAUUUUUCUGGGAUUUUUUAUCUUUGAGUCUGUUGGAGCUGCACCCAUCUCUGAUACCAUAAUUUAUGAUUCUGAGUUCUAUGACAUACCAUUUGGAGAGUUGCCUCACCCAUUUGUCUAUGAUGAAAACGAGCAGUCUGACCAACUAGAGACAGAGAUUGGGACAGCACUACCUGCUAUAAUUCAAGAGAGUUAUUCUUCUGCACCAUUGACAGAAGAACCCGAUGAGGAAGCAUCAACUCCAAAAUUAAUUGAUGGAUCUUCAGCACAAGGGUCUGGGGUUCUUGGACCUCAAACUCAAGAUGGCCUUCCCACCUGCCUUUUGUGUACGUGUCUCGGGACCACUGUCUACUGUGACGAUCAUGAGCUUGAUGCUAUUCCACCAUUGCCUAAGAAAACCACAUAUUUCUACUCACGCUACAACAGAAUCAGGAAGAUUAACAGAAAUGACUUUGCUAACUUAAACAAUUUGAAGAGGAUUGAUUUGACAGCAAACUUUAUAUCAGAGAUCCAUGAAGAUGCUUUCCGGAGAUUGCCCCAACUUGAGGAGCUGGUGCUCCGUGACAAUAGGAUAAGGCAACUCCCUGAGUUACCACCUACCUUAACAUUCAUUGAUGUUAGUAAGAACAGGCUUGGUCGCAAAGGAAUACGUAACGAGGCAUUUAAAGAUCUGCAUGAACUGCAGCAUCUUUACAUCACUGACAAUAACUUGGAUCACAUUCCAUUGCCGCUCCCUGAAAGCCUGCAAGCUCUUCAUCUUCAGAACAACAACAUUCAAGAGAUGCACGAAGACACUUUCUGCAAAAUGAAAGAUUUUACUUAUGUACGUAGGGCUCUUGAAGACAUCAGACUGGAUGGUAAUCCCAUCAACCUGAGCAAAACACCUUAUGCAUACAUGUGUCUACCCCGUUUGCCUGUUGGUAACCUCAUCUAA